AUUAAAAAAAAUCAUGCACAAUAGGACUCACUUUAUAAAAAGGGUUUUGGGUAUAUUUGCUUGUAUUAUGUGUUGAAGCAAAUUUACUCCAAAUUCGGACCAUCCGCUUUCACCUCACCACGCACACUUGCCCUUCCGGCCAAAUCGAGAUAGCUGCCAAGGACACAGAGAACACAGUGAUAUACUCCCUGGGAGAUAAAAAUGUUGUUUUUCUCAUAUUUCAAGGAUCUAGUGGGCAGAGAAGUGACUGUGGAACUGAAGAACGAUUUGGCUAUUCGAGGAACACUGCAUUCAGUUGAUCAGUAUCUCAACAUUAAGCUUGAAAACACGAGGGUUGUUGAUGAGGACAAGUACCCCCACAUGAGGUCAGUGAGGAACUGUUUUAUCAGAGGAUCGGUGGUGAGAUACGUGCAGUUACCUCCAGAUGGAGUUGACAUAGAACUGCUUCAUGAUGCUACGAGGAGAGAAGCUCGGGGUGGCUGAAAUCUGACGUUCGAAAUGGGUCCAUUCGCGGAUAAAUCAGCAGUAUACUGAUUUUUCUUACGGUUCACUGUAAUUCUAGAUGCAUUUUGCAUGUACUGGUUAUCUUCAUCUUAAAAUUUAGUAUGCAGCUGUUAGGGAUACUGCAACCCGUGAUGUUAAAACUGUUGAUAUGAAUGUUGUCCCCAAGACAUUAGUGUCUUUUGAAAAAAUUUAGUAUGUUAAAGACUUCA